AGUGGAUCCAAAAAGGUCCGUUAACCUGUGCUCGGACCUACUUCUACACCCCAGUGUAUGACCCAUUCUCAGAUGAGGACGCAUCAACAGAUCUGAAAAACACUGAUGUUAGGUACCUCAUGCUGGUUUACAAGGCUAUGGUGGAGGCAGUCAUGAAGGGAAUCCAGACAUAUGCCAACACUCUCAGUGUUACUCAGGCAAGGCUGAAGGCUGUCCAGACUCUCCAUGACGACUGUGGUGACCUGAAGACUUCUACCCUCCUCAACUAUCUGUCUGAUAGAUCGAGUGUCAAGUUUACUAUAGAGGCUGUGGCCAACUGUGGCAGGCCCAGUUCCCUGCGAGAUGGCUGCCACAGUCUUCUGGUGAAGGUUGCCACUAUGACCCUAUAUGACAUUCCUAGUUGCCAUGGCAAGGGCCAUCUCAACUCCUUGGUGUUUGCAGAAUCCUUCCUUGACUCUGCUAUUCCAGUCACUGAGCCAGGCCAGCCAGAGACAAUCAGCAGUGAUGUUCUCGUUCUCACCAGUCACCUGCCAAGGUUCCAGAUGUGGGCAAGUGGCAAGGCAGACACAUUGGCUAAUAAAGAUAUCCAGGAGAGACUCAAGUGUAAGAGGCUGCCAGGCUUCGGUGAUGUGUUGAUGAAUGGAGAAGCAGUCCUGCUGACAACUGGCGAUGUGCUCACCUCCACACCCUGUCAAGACUGUCUGUACUUGUAUGAGAAUGGCAUGAUCAUCCAGGCCUUGCAGUAUGGGGCAUUCUCUCUCAUGGCCAGACACAUAAAGGGAUUCUCCUUGUAUGAUGGGGACUCCAUAUCUAACGUUGCGUUCCUGAUAGCUGACCUUGAUGUGACCUCCAGGGAUCGAAUUCCUCCUCAUCUUCUCAGCUCCAGCAACAGACUGGUCCUUGUAAUUCAUCCCCGGAGUAAAGCCAGGAAAGCUCUCUUCCAGCAGGUGCUGCCUGUGUGGAAGGGGGACAGUGACAUGCCGGAGGUAAAGAGACAGGAAACACUUCCUGAGGAUCUCGCUCCACUCCACAAGCUGCUGCAGAUCCAGCACACAGCAUCUGAGAACAUCAUUGCCCCCAUCAAUACCAUCACCUUCAAGCGGGUCCCCAGUUUCCUCCCACACAUCAACAGGUUCUUGCCUCUCACUUGUGGCCAGCAGUGUUGGCUGGCAUCCAGUCCAGCAACAUGACCUCCACUGUCUUCUCAAGCAAGACAUCCCACCUCCAUCAGCAGAGACAGAAUGGAUUCCAGUAACUAUCCUGACUGGAGUUCCAGGCUGUCACAAGGAGAACCUGGCAAGAACCAUCACCAGCUUUGACAAGGACAACACACGAUGGACAACAAUCUGUCAGCCCCAUGACAACAGUUCCGUGUUUGACCCGUGAGUCUCCAGAACUCCCUCACCUCCGCCUACUCUGCCAACCGCCGCCGUCAUACGUCCGGCAACUACAAGAGAACCAGGGUGGUCAUCCUCACGCCAGGAUACACUGACAUCAUCGAUGUAGUCCAUGCCAUAGUCUCUCACCCUAACACAGAGGUAGCUUCACAGGUCAGGAUAGGUGCAGUGACAGCCUGUGUGGACCCACUCAACACGUUCAUGGAACAAAG